AACUUACAUUCAUUUGGUCCUUAACGAUUACUGCAAUAACUGCAAUGGCGGAGUUUAAGUUUGAAGGAGAUAUUUCGAACAUAAGUGAACGACAACUACAGUUUAUUAACAAAGUGAUUCUGGAACAAAAUUUAAAAAUAAAAAGAGUAAUAUUCCAUUCAUUUGCGCAAGCUGGUGAUAACUUCAUGUCAGAUGUGAAAAGAAUUAGCUUAGAAGGUGAAAAUGGAAGCAUGAAGGUGAUUGCAAAAAUAGCUCCUAUCGAUGAGAGUGUACGUGCGUCAUCAUACACUGAAUAUUUGUUCAAAGUUGAGCACAUCAUGUACACAGAGAUAUUGCCUAAGCUUGUGUCACUGCAGAAAGCAGCAAAAGUACCAGAAGAAGAACAUCUAAGAUUUGCAAAAUGUUACGGGUCUCUAGACGAAGCGCCGAAUGAAGUGAUAAUAUUAGAAGAUCUGAAAGAAUCAGGUUAUUUUAUGUUGGAUAAAUUUGAACCUUUGCAGGAUAAUAAUAUAAAAAGUGUUCUAAAAACCUUGGCAAUUUUCCACUCUCUGUCACACGUAUUAAGAAACAAAGAACCAGCAACAUACGACCUUUAUAAAAAUAUGCUACCAGAUAUGACAAACAUUAGUCCGGAAGAAUUGAAAAACAGCUUUAAAAGUCUUGAUGAUUUUGUUGCAACAAUUAUUGAAAAUGAAGCCCACAGGAAAAUCUUAAAAAAUAAAAUAUCAAAUACAUUAGAUAUUGCACCUAAGUUGGCCAAGGAAGAGGAUCCUAAAUAUUUGGUCAUUCAACAUGGUGAUGUUUGGGUUAACAACAUCUUGUUCAAACAAGAGGAUGGUGCAGCAGUUCGCUCGAUUUUAAUUGACUAUCAAGUGGCGAAAACAAAUAAUCCAUCGGUGGAUCUUCUCUAUCUGAUCUUUAAUUGCACUGAUCAUGAGUCCAGAUCUAAGCACUUCUACAACUGGUUGGACUAUUACCACUUCGAGUCCAAUAAAUCGUUGGCGUACUUUGGUCUCAAAGCCGACUUGAUCUAUCCAAGGAAUCAAGUAGAUGCUGACAUAAAGAGAUACAGUGAAUAUAUAUUUGGAUCGGUUUUGUUGAACAUUAACAUGACUGAUAGAGAUAGGAGUGAAACUGGAGAAAUGAUAGAAUCGUUAGAAAAUGGCGGAUUAGAUGAAAUCAUUGCGUUAAUGGGCAAAACAAAAAUGAAUGAAAGUACUUUGAAACAUGUAAGAAAUAAAAUUGAAGGACUCAUUAACAGCUAUGUUGAAUUUGGUUUUCUGGAACAUUUUAAUACUAUUGAAUGAUGCUGUUGUUUAAUAUUAAAUGUGAUUCAA